CCUGCGGAUCCUCGACGACGUUCAUCUUCAGCAAGUUCAACAGGCGCUUAUCCUGCGCGUCAUACAUCGGGUCCUGCAGCGAGCAGGCCAACGGCUCGUCCGAAUCGCCCUUCCCAUCCUUGCAGAAGAGUCGGAUGAUCAUCCAGACGAGCGCAUGCUGCGUCGCCGAGGGACUGUCCCCGAACAUCGUCCCACACGCGAAGCCCACGAAGUUCGUGACCGUGUGCUUCUCGCGCGCCGCCACCAGCACCUUGCGGAUGGCCGCCCAGGUGGCGCUGGGCUGCCAGGCGAAGACCGCGCUCCUCAGGAGUCGGCUGGGGCCCUCGACGGGGCGCGGGGGGAGAGCGAAAAUCUCGUCGGUCUCCGGGUUGAUCCACUGCUGGACGUGCAUGGGGACGACGCGGCAGUAUGAGGCGGCAUCUAGGUACUUUUUGUCGGAGGCCUGCCCGAGGAAGACGCUCCAGGAGUGAUACACGAGGGCAACGGGGCCACUGUAAGGAUGAUGUGGUCAGUUACGUUCCGCGGCGUGUUUCGACUCGACAAAAACAGCUCCAUCUCGUGGAAAUCGAAAGACAGGAUCAUGCUUACUUGACGAAUCGAUGUCCCACAUGUUCAUUGACCUGCCCGGUGGCUGGUUCAAACUCCACAGGGGUGCCUUCGAACCCGAUGGCCACAUACUUCUCGCCUUCCUCAAGGGGACGUGAAAGCUGGGCCUGUAGGUCAAGCAAGGCUUCCUUUGUAAAGAACGGCUCGCCAUUGGCCUCGUGUUGCAAGAUGUUCAUCGUGAUCUCGUGUGGGCUCGAGGAAGUAGGAUCGUACAAGGGGGGUCUGGUCCACUUAGAUUUCAUCGAGUCAAGAACGAUGGCCCUGGGGAGACGGGCUGCUAUGGGUAGAAGGUGGACAGGGCCCAGGGCUCCCGCUUCUAGAAGUCGACGCAUCAUCUUGAGGGUUUUCUUUUGUCUUGAUGAUGUUUUUUGUGGUGUGGAGAAGAUGAGAUGGAGAGGUUUUGGUGGAGGUUUCGAGAUGAGAUAGAUGGAGUGAGAAGAAAUGAUGGAAAGCUUUAAGAAGUGAGAAAGAUGAAGAAAUUAUCCAUUGCAAGCUUCUCUGUUGUUUAUUCACUGUUGUUAACAUGAUCC